GUUACAUGAUCAACGUUCUCAUUGCUUAUCAGAGAGGUUAAAGUCCGUUCUCUCGAUCUGUCACUCCCUGUCACACUUCCUUAUAAUGAAAAACCAGAAUCGAAAUUAGAGGGUUUGCUUUUCAGUAGAAAUUAGACCAAGGAGUAGAAAGACUGUUUGGAGAAAGAGAGAAAGAAGAGACAGAGAGAGAGAGAGAGAGAGAGAGAGAGGGAGAGAGAGAGAGAGACACACAGAUACAGAGAGAGAACGAGAGAGAGUGAGACACAGAGAGAGAGAGAGUGAGAGAGAGUGAGAGAGACACAGAGAGAGAGAGAGUAGAUUUAAUUUUUUCAUGGUUUAUAAUUAAGACUGAUUAUACUAUAAGACAUUUGUUUAAUAUCCAUUCUAAAGUAUAUGAGGAGAGUGAGAGAGGGAGGAGAGAGACGUGUUGGUCAUGUUUGGGUUGCUGUUGAAUUGUGGGUAUUUGGUGUGACAGAGUGAGGAGAGAAAGUGACUGAGAGAAAGAGGCAGGUGUAGUUUUGGAUUUCUUAGUUAUUUUUUUUACAAAAGGGAGUGAGAGGAAGAAAACGAAAGGGUGAAAGAAAGAAAGAAAUGAUCUAGGUGUAAAAAAAGAAAAAAAAACUCUAAACAUUACUAAAGUAUAUGAUUUGUUAAGGACAGACAGACCGACCAACGCAUUUCUCAAUAUAUUUCUAAUAUCCUGUGGAUUUUUGGCAAAUUGGAUUUUAAACAAAAGAUCUCUGGAUUGGAACCAUGGAUUGCCUGCUCUGGCUGUUUCUGCUGUUCACACAGCUUCAUGUUUCAGAUCAGCAAACGCCUCCAGCAGAUAACACAACUACACACAUGACUACAACAGAGAGCACAACUACACACACGACUACAACAGAGAGCACAACUACACACACGACUACAACAGAGAGCACAACUACACACACGACUACAACGACCCCAGUCCCCACUCCUGCCCCAAUAGAUUGCACCACCCUACAAUGGAGAGUGAACGAGACAAGUAUAGAGGUGAACGUCACUUCUGAAUUUAACAACGUAACAGCAGCUAGGCAGGGUGAAGCACACACCGCUACAAUUGAAAAUCGUAUAGCCGUUAUCAGAAACUUAACACCAGGAUGCAGCUAUGAAAUAUCAGUUUGGAAGGACCAGUAUAAGCUAUGCAGUAUUUCACAAUCUCUGAUUCCUUUGCCUGUAUCCGAUCUUACAGUCCUUCCCAAAAGCACCACAGAGUUACAUGUUAAUUGGACUGUUCCUACUGGCUGUAACACUGGAUUCAUCGUCUCAUACAACCAAACGAAUGCUGAACCCAAGAACAUAACUGAAAACCAAACCUUUGCGAUCCUUACUGAUCUCACUCCCGGGACUAUAUAUGAAGUGACAGUGAAGACAGAAAGCAAUGGAAAAGAGUCCAGUCCAGUGUCUUCAACUGGGAUAACAUUUCCUUCGCCUGUAUCCGAUCUUACAGUCCUUCCCAAUAGCACCACGGAGUUACAUGUUAGUUGGAAACUUCCUUCUGGCUGUAACACUGGAUUCAUCGUCUCAUACAACCAAACGAAUGCUGAACCCAAGAAGAUAUCUGAAAACCAAACCUUUGUGAUCCUUACUGAUCUCACUCCUGGGACUGUAUAUGAAGUGACAGUGAAGACAGAAAGCAAUGGAAAAGAGUCCAGCCCAGGGUCUUCAACAGGGAUAACAUACCCGUCCCCCGUCAGUGAUAUUACAGUAACGAGCAAAUCCACCAAUGAGAUCAACUACCACUGGACUGUGCCAAACAACACAAGAGUUGCUCAAUAUUACUACAAUGUAACUCUUAUGAAUGCUGCCCCCAAUUCAACCCAGAACAACAGCUACACUGCUAAUGAAUUACAACCAGGGGAGGAAUACACUGUGUGCAUAGAAUCUGUGACCCCAGAGAACACUAGCAGCACCUCUACAUGUCUUUCAAACUACACAAACCCCAAUGCUCCAUUGAACCUGAUUUCAAGCGAGGGCACAACGACAGCUCAUGUGAGCUGGACAGCACCCAGCAGUGAUGUGAACUAUCGGAACUACACAUACCUGCUCAGCUGGUCCAGCAGUAAUCUUCUGAGUGGAUCGAAGGUUAUCAACGAGACCUCUGCUUCUCUGAAUGCCCUGAUUCCAGGAUCCCUGUAUAAUGUAAGCGUGCGAUCCCAGAUCGGAGACGCACAGAGUGUGGGAGAGUCACAGCCCAUUCUCACAGAUCCUCUCCCACCGACACUCCUGUUGGUUUCUGCUGAGAGCGAGACUGAGGCUGUACUGAAAUGGGGAGAUCCAGCAAGUGGGGGAUUUUCUGGCUUCCAGAUCUUCUACUCAGAUACAAACAGCUCGACGACAAUGAACUCAGUCAAUCAGGAUGUGAGGCAAUACAAACUGACCAACCUCACUCCCGGAGAGUUCUAUAACAUCAGCUUGAGGAGCUUCAAAACUGAAGCCAGCAUCCGGAAAAACAGCACUGAAGAGAAAAGAAACUUUCAAACAGUUCCUGCUCAGGUGAGCUCUCUCCAGUGCUCUGCAGUGUCUGGGGGUUACAGUCUGUCCCUGGACUGGGGUAACCCUGCUGGACGCUGGACGGAGAUAGAAGUGGACGUGUCCAACGGAGACAUAAAGAAGGUAGAGGAGUGCGGGUCGGUCCAGUGUGAGACGAGAAUCGACGGGCUGAGCCCGGCUCGGUAUUACACCCUCGCGGUGACGACCGUGUCUGGAGAGAAGAGGAGCUUCAAAGCCAUUUCCAUUCAGUGCCAAACUGACACGACGGGUGUCAUCGUCGGCUCUCUGUUUGGGAUUCUAAUACUCAUCUGCUUGGUGGUCUUUCUCGUUCUGUUCAUCCUGAGACGUUACCCUGUCCUCCUGAGUUCUAGUUCCAAAGAUGACGACGCUCUGGAAUUUGCAUGUAAGAAGAUGAAACCGAUCGAAGUCAGUAAGUUUGCAGACUAUUUCCACAGACAGCAGGCGGACUCUGAUAUUGGAUUUGCAGAUGAAUAUCAGAGUUUGGGCGCGGUUGGCACUGAGCAGACAACCAAAGCUGCCCUCAUACCCGAGAAUCGAGGGAAAAACAGAUUUACCAACGUCCUGCCAUAUGACUGGUGUCGUGUUAAGUUGAGUGCUAUUGAUGGAGAGCCAUUCUCAGACUAUAUCAAUGCAAACUACAUGCCGGGCUAUCACACUGCGAGGGAGUUCAUCGCCGCUCAGGGCCCCUUGCCCAACACUGUGGAAGACUUCUGGCGAAUGGCGUGGGAGAACCAGGUGGAGGCGAUAGUCAUGCUGACCAAUUGCAUCGAGAAUACACGAGUGAAGUGUGAGCAGUACUGGCCUCUGGACUACACUCCCUGCACCUACGGAGAUAUUUCAGUCACCACGUCUUCUGAACAGAAGCAGCCUGACUGGACUCUCCGGGAUUUUACUCUCAAACACACAAAAUCCUUGGAAUCCCGGACGGUCAGACAGUUCCACUUCACCGCCUGGCCGGAUCACGGCGUUCCGCAUAACACGGCCACCCUCAUCCAAUUCCGGGCCCUGGUCCGAAAAUUCCUGGACAAUCGGGAGAGGAACGGUCCGGCCAUCGUGCACUGCAGUGCUGGAGUGGGGCGCACAGGAACCCUGAUUGCUCUCGACUCCCUCCUGCUGCAGAUAGAGAGGGAGAAGGCUGUGGGGAUCCAGAGCUUCGUGCAGAAGAUGAGGCUCCACCGGCCUCUCAUGGUCCAAACAGAGUCCCAGUACAUCUUCCUGAACCAGUGCAUGCUGGACACCAUCCAGAGAAAGAACAAUUCUCACCCCGAUGAAAAUAUCUACGAGAACAUGAUCUAUGCCAACGCUGCAGCCAUCAGGGAAUUUCACACAACCAAUGGGAACGCUGCUUAACUUCGCCCCGCCUCCUCUUGCUCUCAGACAUCCAAUCACAGCACAGCCUCACAGUUAGAGAAGGAAAUCCCUUUAAAGGUGUCCCAUAGUAAAAGCAUAGGCAAGCACUGUAAAAGAUUGAGAGGUAUAGUAAAGCAUAUUAAUAAACAUGGCAAACCAGGCUAAUCUAUGGUAAAUGCAGAGUGUAACCAUGGGAAAAGUAAGGGGGGAAACUGUGAAAAUACUGUAGUUUUAUAUCAGUUAAUAUGUCUGGUUGAGCCUCUCUCUUAUAUCAGUUAAUAUGUCUGGUUGACCGUGUCUCUUAGAUCAGUUAAUCAAAUUGACCAUGACUUUCAUUUAAGUAAAUGUGAGACCGAUAACAUCAUAAUGAAUGUGCUGAAUUAUUGUUGUCUAUUUUUUUGCACUAUGAAGGAUUAAUUUUUAAAAAUGAAGCAUCGGGCUUGAGAAGAGAUUAAUUCUUAAUUCUAAAUCAUAUUUAUAAAGAUACUGUAUAUAUGAUGUCAUUUUUCAAUGCACAUUUUUUAAUUGUUGUAUAUCUGCAAAAGAUGCUCUGGCUUUAAAAUUACUUAUUUUUAUAUAGAAAUAUAUACUGGUGCAUUUGAAUUCCCUUUUAAAGAAAAAUCCAUUUGUUAAAAAUGGUCAUGCAAUCAAUAAAAUUUCAAAAUUUUACGGUGUUUCCUUUUCUGUCGCUGAUUCUUUGGGGGGUGGGGUCUUCUGCGUGUGUAUCCAUGAGAUAUCGUGAGAUAGUUUGCUCAAAGUUGUCUUUAUUUUGCUGACGAUGAAAUUUAAAAGGUUUUUUUCAAAUUCUUUCUCAGGUAGCUGGUGAAAUUAUCUUCCGUCUAUAAUUCCAUCUAGGGUUUCUGUGACGUCAUAAACUACGAGAGCGAAGGUGGAGUUUAUAAACUGUCACAGAACCCCGAGAUGGAAUUGUUUUCCUG